GUAUCUCUCAGUAUCUGUCUAGCCUCUACAGCGACACCAUGAUGCGCCAAGGUCUCGUCAACUUCUCGCAUGGAUUCUGGGCUUCCCUAGCUACUGCCUCCCGCGCAGCCUCCUCCGCUGCCUCCUCGCGCCCCUUGAAUAAACCACUCGCCUCCAAUGACAUGCCACGCCCUGGAGGCAUCGCAUCCUUUAUGAGGCUGCCUGUCCAAGGCGACACAAAGGGGCUUGAUGCGUGUUUCGUGGGCGUGCCCCUGGACACUGGAACCUCCAACCGCAGCGGCACACGGUUGGGACCACGGCAGAUAAGGUGCGAGUCUGUGCUGCUGCGGCCAUACAGCGCCAAGGGCCACGACCCUUACAGCUGUAUCAAUGUGGCUGAUGUCGGGGACGUGAGCUUAAAUAUGUACAAUCUCCCGGAUGCGUGUAAGGAUAUCCAGCAGCGGUAUGCUCAGCUGAUCCAGGACGGCUGCAUCCCCCUCACGAUGGGCGGCGACCACACCAUCACCUACCCCAUCUUGCAGGCCGUCAAGGCCCGUUAUGGUCCCGUGGGUCUGGUGCACGUGGACGCCCACAAUGACGUGUCGGACACCAUGCUGGGCGCCAAGAUCACCCACGGUACACCGUUCAGGCGGGCAGUAGAGGAGCAGCUCAUUGAACCGCACGCUACAGUGCAGAUUGGCCUGCGGGGUACGAGCCACGCCGCAGAGGGACACGCCUGGCAGAUCAGUCAGGGUUUCCGUGUGGUGCCUGUGGAGGAGUGCUGGUACCGCUCCCUGGCACCCCUCAUGGAGGAGGUGAGGUGCUUGAUGGGGAACAGGCCAGUCUAUCUCUCCUUCGACAUUGACGCCAUUGAUCCUGGCUUCUGUCCCGGAACAGGGACUCCAGAAAUAGGGGGCUUGACACCCAUCCAGGCCCUGGAGGUGGUGCGGGGCUGUGCUGGACUCAACCUUGUAGGCUGUGACCUGGUGGAGGUUGCUCCACCAUACGACUUUGAGGGCACCACGGCACUCACAGGAGCCAAUCUCUUGUUUGAGAUGCUCUGUUCUCUUCCUGGGGUCAAGGCACCUCAGUGAUAUGUCCAGUGCAACAAUCCAGGCUCCAUAUUAUAGAUAUAUUUAGCAAAAAGGUAUGCUGACACCACUAGAAAGUGAAUUUGUUUGCCAUGUAUAGUUGAUUCCCUACUUGAGGAAACAGUUUUCCUACCUAUGAUUCUAAUAAAACUGAUGCCAUCUUUUUUUCAUGGUAGUUGUCACUGGCUAAUGCUGAGCUGCCUCUCUCUAUGCUUCUCAUGCCGCCUUUGCCAUUUCUCUCUCUCUCACCAGGUGGCAGUUAAAAGUUAAAGGCAAU